AUCGGCUCCAGACUAUAUAAAGGAUGUAAAAAGUGAGCUAUCGAUCAGAGGAAAAAGAACUUCUUUCUUCUACCCCAAUUCUUGAGAACCUUUUUUCUAUCACCAUGGGCACAAUGUCUAUUCGUAAAGUACUCAAAUUGAAAUCAACAAAAAAGCCCGAACAGCAGCGACAGCAACAACAACAACAGCAAUAUAAAACACAUUCUUCAUCUGGCUCGUUAGCCUCCAUUUCUACUGUCUCUACUUCUUCUGUGCCCCAGACUCCCACGUCGAAUGGACCUUUGCCGGAAAAACGAGGCGUCUUUCGAACGUUGGAACCCGUUUGGUAUUACAAUCUGUCCCAAAAUCCCGAUAGUUCGUCAGCCCAUUGGACUCCUUUCGAUGAUGCCAGUCAAUAUACAUUAGAAAGUUCUUACGGUCGCGUCUUGCACAAGCAACUUCGCGAAUCUUCAUUGGGUCCUUGCACUGUACACUUUGAAACACGUCCAGCUACCUCGGCGACUCAUGCAUUAUCUUACAAAGACCGGACGACGAGCUCCAAUGAACGACCUUCCCAUCAUCGAUUUUCGACCAUGUCGGCCGCGCCUAGGCCUCCACCGAAAGAUCACAACCAUGUCAUUUUGGAAAUGAAUAAAAAUGUACAACGAGCGGUGACUCCUGUGUGGUGGUAUGAGCAAGACUGGGAAGAUGGAUCCAAAGGCAUGAGCCGGUUUGACAACAGAAAUCAAGUGCGAUUGGAAGCAUUAUCGGACGACCGGUCAAAAUUGGUGCUGACAGACGAAGCAUUCUUACAGCCUUUUACUGUUAUACUUGAUACCCAGAAAUCGAAGGAUCAAAAAGAAGAACUUCUCGGUUUCAUUUAUCUGGAUCCGGUUACACCUAUGAUGAAUCCUUAUCCUGUGACGAAUCUGCCUUUAUCCAUGGAUUUCGGUCGCAAAUACGAACCGUACCCUGAACCUUACGUCAAUGCAGCCGACGAUGAAUUGUGGUCUCCUUUGUCGCGUCGCAGUUCUAUCUAAAAUUGACUUUCACUGAAACCUAGACCACAAGUUACCCCUGGACACUGAAAAUGCUACUUACUAUCCUUUUUGCUUUUUUUUUUCUCAUGACCGUAUGCCAUAAUUUAUUCAUCUCAUAACUCCAUUUCGUCCGUAUGAUUGAAAUAUUUUUCCUUUAUCUCUUGUAAAUAACAUCCAAUAAUUUUUUCAUCCUGUGU